ACGACCGCUUCAUAUGCACAGCGACGACGGUUUGCACAUCAGUUUCCAUUUAAUCAGAGAGAAGUAAACGAGUAACUAUAUAUUGAACAAGUCGGUAAACGAAACGUACAACUGAAAUUUGGUGAUUAAUACAUCUCAAUUCGGAAUAUAAAGUUAAUUAGGGACAGCAUUACGGUCCUCGUUCAACUAUAUCAUUAAUUAGAUCGAUUCGUAUCAUAAUACAAGAUGAAAUUGUUCGUGCUAUUGGCCGUUGUGGCCGUAAUUGGUGUGUCAUGGGCGGAGGAGAAGAAAGAAAAGGAUAAAGAAAUGGGCACGGUUAUUGGAAUCGAUUUAGGAACAACAUAUUCAUGUGUUGGUGUGUACAAAAACGGUCGCGUCGAAAUCAUCGCUAACGAUCAGGGUAACCGAAUCACUCCAUCCUAUGUCGCGUUCACAGCCGAAGGUGAACGUCUCAUCGGUGAUGCGGCCAAGAAUCAGCUGACAACGAAUCCAGAAAACACUGUGUUCGAUGCAAAACGUUUGAUUGGUCGCGAAUUCAACGAUGCUACCGUCCAGCACGAUGCAAAAUUGUUCCCAUUCAAAGUCAUCGAAAAGAACUCGAAGCCACACGUUGAAGUUUCGACCAGUCAAGGAAACAAGGCCUUCGCACCGGAAGAAAUCUCCGCCAUGGUUCUGCUGAAGAUGAAGGAAACGGCUGAAGCUUAUUUGGGUAAAACCGUUACACAUGCCGUCGUCACCGUUCCGGCUUAUUUCAACGAUGCUCAACGUCAAGCAACUAAGGAUGCUGGUGUCAUCGCCGGUCUUAACGUCAUGAGAAUCAUCAACGAACCUACCGCCGCGGCCAUCGCUUACGGUUUGGAUAAGAAAGACGGUGAAAAGAAUGUGUUGGUCUUCGAUUUGGGAGGCGGUACGUUUGACGUGUCUCUGUUGACAAUUGACAACGGUGUGUUCGAGGUGGUUGCAACGAACGGUGACACACAUUUGGGCGGUGAAGAUUUCGAUCAGCGUGUUAUGGACCACUUCAUCAAAUUGUACAAGAAGAAGAAGGGCAAGGACAUCCGCAAAGACAACCGUGCCGUACAGAAAUUGCGUCGUGAAGUCGAAAAGGCAAAGAGAGCGUUGUCGGCCAGUCAUCAAGUCAGAAUCGAAAUUGAAUCGUUCUUCGAGGGUGAAGAUUUCUCCGAAACAUUGACCCGUGCAAAGUUCGAGGAAUUGAACAUGGAUCUGUUCCGAUCGACACUCAAACCGGUGCAAAAAGUUUUGGAGGACGCUGACAUGAACAAGAAGGACGUCGAUGAAAUCGUAUUGGUUGGUGGUAGUACGCGUAUCCCGAAAGUGCAACAAUUGGUCAAAGAUUUCUUCAACGGCAAAGAACCAUCGCGUGGUAUCAAUCCCGAUGAAGCUGUUGCUUAUGGUGCUGCUGUUCAAGCUGGUGUACUGUCUGGCGAACAAGAUACCGAUGCCAUCGUAUUGCUCGAUGUCAAUCCACUCACUAUGGGUAUCGAGACUGUUGGUGGAGUAAUGACAAAAUUGAUUCCACGAAACACUGUCAUCCCAACCAAGAAGUCUCAAAUCUUCUCAACUGCCAGCGACAAUCAAAACACCGUUACCAUUCAAGUGUACGAAGGUGAACGUCCAAUGACCAAAGACAACCAUUUGUUGGGCAAAUUCGAUUUGACCGGCAUUCCACCAGCACCCCGAGGCAUUCCACAGAUCGAAGUCUCAUUCGAAAUCGAUGCCAACGGUAUUCUUCAAGUAACCGCCGAAGAUAAGGGCACCGGACACAAAGAGAAAAUUGUCAUCACCAACGACCAGAACCGUUUGACACCGGAAGACAUUGACCGUAUGAUCCGCGAUGCGGAGAAAUUCGCCGAUGAGGAUAAGAAACUGAAGGAACGCGUUGAGUCGCGAAAUGAAUUGGAAAGUUAUGCGUACAGUUUGAAGAAUCAACUCAGCGACAAGGAGAAACUCGGAUCGAAGGUUUCCGAUGAGGAAAAAGCUAAAAUGGAAGAGGCUAUCGAUGAGAAAAUCAAGUGGUUGGAAGAGAAUCAAAAUGCCGAGCCGGAAGACUUCAAAACACAGAAGAAAGAAUUGGAAGAUGUUGUGCAACCAAUCAUUGCCAAACUAUACCAAGGGCAAGGAGGCGCACCACCACCAGCUGGUGGCGAAGACGAUGAUCUCAAGGACGAGUUGUAAAUUUAAUUUAUUUGAACUUUCUAGUGAGUUAUUUAUUUUUGCAAUUUUUCCGAGAAAAAUUUAGUGAAAACGAAAUGUUGAUGAGGUCCGCGUUCAUUCCGUGAUAAAAAAACAAAAUUAGUCUUCUUCAAAUUCGAUUAAAAUUUACAAUUCUUCGGUUUCCUUCAUGUUUACAAAAAAAAAAUCAGAAAUGUUUGUUCAAGAAGACACUUACACACUUACUCGGCAGGUUCGAUCAACCUAACUAAAACCAAUAUUAUGCAAGCAUUUCGACUGAUAUAUAGACAUUAUGUUAACGUAAGUGAGAGUAUAAGUGUGAUUGGUGUGAAUGGUUGUACGUAGUUAAGAAUGUGUUUGAUUCGAAAAAAAGACUGAUGCAAAUGUGUAAAGAGAAUUUGUCUUUUUUAGAAAAUAAAAACAGAAAAAAAUUAAAAAAAAAA